AUGACUACCGAAUUCGUGUCAGAAGAGGAGUCCAAGUAUGCGGUAAGUGUGUUGACUUUGUACGUGAAAGGGCAACGGGAAAAGAUGCAAGAGUAUUAGAACUAGAAACACGGACAGAUUAUAGCGCAUUAGUGGCAGAAUCUGCAAGUAAGUUCAAAAUGUUUCUGAAAUAGUCGUCACACCGAGGGUUCCUUAUUGUAGAUCCAUUGGUUCAGCAUCUCUUUCAGAAUGAUAAAUUCCUGGUUCCAAUUUUUGUUUGCAAACAAACUCCCACCCAUUCAGCGCUGGUUUCCCUCAUUCGUUCCAUCAAAUGAGUCACUGAAAACGGUCUUCCUCCCUCCAAAAGACCAUCCCUUUUGUCGUGUUUGCUCUCUCGCUCUGCGUCUCUCUUUCCCGCACACUCUCUCCCCCUUCCAGGAGGCUUUUCCACUCGAAAACCGUAUUUCGAUACACCCUCUUAACGUCAGCAAAAGGCCAUUUUCCGCCUUUCCAACUUUCUAGUCCAUAAUUAUGUGAGAAGACGAGACGCUUUCUUUCUCACUCUCUCAGUCUCAUUUCCACUCUUUGUUCUAGAUCUUCUAUGUACCUGUAAGUAUUUGCCGAACAAUCUUGUUGACCUUUUCUCUGAUCAUUGGUUGUGAUGUGUUGCCACGUCAUAGUCUAUGAGUAGUGAAUGAUUUCGAAUUUGUGAACGGCUCGGCUGAAUCUGUUUGUUUUUCGUGUUGAGAACAACACAAAUAGCAUACUCAAGAAGAUUCUCUUGUUGAUCUUUUGGUUGAUUGGAUAAUAAAACAAAGUCUGUAACGACUGGAGAUGAGUCAGAGUUCUGCUCCAUUUCGAGUUUUGUAGAGGCACAAAAAAGUGAUACAACUGGCAAAUAUUUAUUCUCGUUUCCCAUUCACCAAUUUUUGAAUAUCUUUUUUUGUCAAGACGUUAGUGUGGCAUUACGUGUCCGUUCGAUCCAUUAGUCACACCAAAUCAAAGAAAAUGUAGGGCUGGGCGAAAUGCCUGGACUUUUGGCUCACUUUGCAGGCUUUUUGGACUUGGAUUGAAGUGUUUUGGGUCUUAGAAGCCGAAAAGGCCUGGUUUUUGCAAAGCUUUCGGCUUUUUCGGCCUCUAUUCCACAUAUCUCCGGCCCAAAAUAUCCGAACGGUCUGAAACUCAAAUCCAAGAAGCCUGGGUCCGAUAGAAUAAUCGCGAAUGGAUUGAAAGUCCAGGCGUGGGCCAUGCGUGUGUCCAGCUUCGGCUAAAAGGCAUCACAAACCGUUCCUCUUUGUCAUAUCCUCGUCACUCGUUUUUCUGUCGCUUUCUCCCUCCAAAAACGCGCAUGUUCUGCCGCCGCCGCCGCGUCUCUCUCUAUGUGUGUAUGUUUUUGUUCCCUUCCGGAAUCCGCGCGGAAAACCGUGCGGAACGACAAAUACGUCGCGGUUUUUUGCCUGUGUGUGUGUGUGUUCCGGCCCUCUAACGGAGCGCCUCCCGCGUCAUUCGCGUCACUUGAUAUCCCUUCCCGAGUGAGCGCCCCGGCAUUUUCCAUUGAGAGCGGUGAAAACUGCUGGUAUUCCCUUUUGGAACUAAAUAUUACUUGAUAUUUGUGACAACGACAAAACACGCGAAUGCUCCAAUUAUACGAGGUAUGAAACAUUUUCCAGAACUUGUUCGAAAUGUGCCCAUUUCGAUCUGGUUGAUCGCUAAUCCUCAGGUGAUCUCGCAGACCUCACAAAGGUGUCAAAUAACAAAAAUUGGCUGCGGGUUUUUGAACUUUUCUCUGACUCACGCAUCACUUUUGACGUACUUUGAGUGCCGCUGAAAAUUCUAGAGUUCCAGCCCAAAAGCAUCAGGUCUAAAGAUCUCUGACUCAUACGCCCGCCACUCAAAGAAAUUGACUCAUACCUUCUCUCCCCGUCUGCGCUUUCUUUCUCUCUUAUCACUGCUCAGGUGGGUCUCGGAAGCUUGUCACACAGAACAUGACAUGUUGCGAAUGUUUUUGAGAGGAAAACGGAAGCCGGAGGGCAGUUUCGAGUGAAGUUCAUGGGUAUUCAGUUUCCGCCCGCUUUCUAUUCCUCGUUACGUGCUUUCAUACAAAUUCCGAAUUCCUCAUUCCACUUGCGUCAUCCUCAUCCGCUCACGCUCACGCUUCGCUUCUCAUUCUCUCCGUCUCUUUCUUCUAGUCGUCAUAGAAACCGAGACUGAAAGCGAAGAGAAGCUUACAAUCGAGAGAGUAUGGGAAACUGAGAGACGCAGAGCAUCGGGAGCACGCCUUUCGCAAUCCGCUCUCAUUUCGGCUCAUAUUUGGUCUGUCGGCUUGUCACCUGCCGGCGGAUUCUUCCCAGUCAAAAUUGACGAAUAUCAGAAAAAGCAUUACCUCAUUGAUGUAAGUUUGAGCGCGUAGAAUAGAUGAUGCAGUGAUGUUUGUCCCAAUGUUCUUUUUAUGUUUCUAGAAUGAAACUAGACUUCCUCUUAAUGUUACUCUACUACGUAUACUCUGUCUAAGAAGUCUUGGAAUGAGGACAAAUCCACAGUAAAGAGAAAAGGAUGUGAAGUUCUCAAUCCUUUCCAAUGUUUUUCGCUCUAUCCAUCGGAUCAAUACUCCACUAAUCGAACAUAAUCCUCCGAGACCAGUUCAUCCCUUUCGCAGCCUCUCCCUACAUGCCUCCCAAACCACAAGUACUUGUUCAUCCAUCCUCUAACAAUAGCCUUUCCUGCUCUCGCCGCCGCAAACCAACGUGAGCUCCACGGGAAGUGAGCACAAUUUGAGCAGCUGUGCCAACCUCGCUUCCGUCCUCAACCACCCACCUUCUUUCGUUUCUUUUUCUACUUUUCCUGUCCGAAGGAAUUCAUUUGGACGGCUGAAUGAGGAGGAGAACGGAACGAGAUGCUAAUUUGAUACGGUUUCUUCCAUUCGUCCACUCAUUCUCGAUCAGUCAAUCACUCCUAAUUUCAUUUACAUUUCUUUGCUUUGGAAUUUGAUCCAAGCGGAAGAAGUUUCAUUCCCCCUUCAUUCCACGAUCAAUUCCCGCUCUCUUCAUUUCAUUCUUUCAGGACUCGCCUAUGCGAUUACAAGGCAGCUCGGCGAGCAGCGCGUCGGUCGCCUCCAGGUUAUACGGUACCCGAUCGAGAAGAGACAGUCUCGGAGGCAGCUCUUCCGAAAGCGAUUUGAUUGCGUUCGGAGGUGACAGCGACGCCAUGAACGAAUUCAGUUCACAAGUAAGAGAUUCUGAUUGAUUUGAAGUGCAUUUCCAUAUAAAUCUUGGUUUCAGAUGAAUCACCUGAACUCGUUCACGAAGCGUUACUCGGAGCUCGAGGAGCGCAACAUGAAUCUUUCCGACGAGCGAACCCGUCUGAAGACGGAGAACUCAGUGCUCAAGGAGCGGAUGCACAAUCUGGAGGAGCAGUUGACGGACAACGAGGACCGGUACAAGCAGCUACUCUCAGACGAGAAGACACGUGGCACUGAAUCGAUGUCGCGACUGAAAAGAGAGAAGGAACUGGAGACGGAGAGCUGGAACCUGAAGUAUCAGAUGCUCGAAAAGGACCUGGUGUCCGCGAAGAAAGAUGUCGAAAGAGCGAACGAGGAGACGAAGAGAGUGAAGCAGGAGCUGGAGAAGACGGCGAACAAGCUGGAAGAGUCCCAGCUGCUCAUCGAGGGAAUGGAAGAGGAACGGAUCAAGCUGGAGAGACAGUUCAAAAAGUACAAGGAAGAGGCACAGCAGGACAUUGACUCGAGCAGCGAGAUGGUCGAAGUGCUCACAAUGGAGACGGAAGAAUUGAGGAGGAAAGUGGACGGUCCCAGGUCCGGGAGCAUUUCCGAUCACAUCGGGGACAUGAACGAGGAGAUGGAUGCGCUGAGAGCCAAAGUCGCAGAGUUGAUGAGGGAGAAAGAGGAGAUGGCCGAUCAGCUGUUGGCCACUUCUGUCGAACGGGGAAGGUAGGCUCGGGGACUGUGAUUUGAAUAGAUUUGAAUGAGUGAUUUGCAGGUCCCUGAUCGCAGACACCCCUUCGCUUGCCGAUGAAUUGGCCGGCGGGGACUCUUCCCAGCUGCUCGAUGCUCUUCGGGAACAAGAGAUUUGCAACCAAAGUUGCGUGUGUACAUUAACGGAAUCCUGAUGCGUGUCAUCGAGAGACACCCGGAGAUCCUCGAGAUCGGAGAAGAAGUGAGCACCGGCCUCGUGUCGCGUAACCUCACGUUCAAUUUCCAGGAAUCGUCGCCCAGUUGACGGUGCGCCGGAGAAUCUCAGUCGCCGCCAACGCCGUCGUCGUCGUCGCCGGACGAGUCCACGUCACCGACUCUUUCCGCGCGUCUUUCCGCCUACCUCCCCGCAUCGUUCUUCGAUGGGGAUGA